UUACAAAAGAGAUCAAAUCCAACCGGAAGCUAUACACCCAGUCAAGCAGCCUGUCCAGCAACGCAAAAUGGAAAUACAGGAUUCAUUCGUAGUACUCAAACGAAUGCACUUUCGUCAAACGAAACAGAUUAUAUCCAAAGACACAAACAAUCCACUCAACAAGCAUGGUCAGAAUGGCUUUCGAGCUCUAACCCGGGACCAAAUUUGAACGGCGAUCUCCCCGGUGGAGCACAAAAUUAUACAAGCGAUUUGAGUAGAUUACCUCGUGUCGGAAUCGCAUUGAGCGGUGGUGGUUAUCGAGCAAUGAUUAAUGGAGCCGGUGUUUUACAAGGUUGGGAUUCACGUAACGAUACUGCAAAACAAAGAGGAACGGCUGGAAUUUUGCAAUUUGCAGAUUACGUUGCCGGCUUAAGCGGUGGAAGUUGGGCUGUAGGUUCGUUUGCCAUUAACGAUUGGCCAACUACACAAUCACUUUUGCUGGACACAUGGGAUUUACCUGAAAAUCUCGUAGUACCACAAGAUGGAAAAGUGUCAUUCUAUGCCGAUAUCGUAUCCGACGUUGCUGGAAAGCGUCUUGCUGGCUAUCCUACCGGUAUCGUCGAUUAUUGGGGUCGUGCAUUGAGUUAUCACCUGGUCAAUUCAACAUACCCAAACGAAGGACAAGGAACAACAUUUGGCGAUAUUCGAAAUACGUCAAACUUUCAACAAGCUUCUUUCCCUUUCCCAGUCGUUAUUGCGGAUGAACGUGAACCGGGAGAAUUGUUGAUUUAUCGUAACACAACCAUUUUUGAAUUUAAUCCUUUCGAAUUUGGUAGUUAUGAUCCAGACGUUUCAGCUUUUGUUCCUAUCGAUAUCUUGGGCACAGAUCUUGCAAACGGAGUCAGUGCAGAAAAGAACAAUCAAUGCACUUAUGGAUUUGAUAAUUUCGGUUGGGUAGUAGGUACUUCAAGUACAUUAUUCAAUGCUUUGUUUAAUAUGCUCAUCACCAGCAAUGGCGAUAGUCUCAUCAAAGAUGCAUUACAAGCAAUCUUGGGCGCAAUUUCACAAGAUAAAAAUGACGUUUCCGUUUUGCCAAACCCGUUCAGAGGUUAUCGUGAAAAUGAUCCAAACGUGACUGUGAGCUCGUUGCAAAACAUUACCUUGGUAGAUGGAGGUGAAGAUAAUCAAAAUGUGCCUAUCAACACUCUCUUAUUACCAGGACGUGAAUUGGAUUUAAUUUUAGCCGUUGACAAUAGUGCCGAUACGACAGAUUGGCCAAACGGAACAGCACUUCAUGAAACAUUUUUACGUUACAAAAAUAAUGCACAAUACAACAAUAUCCCAAUGCCAAUCAUUCCCUCCCCGGAAACGUUUAUCAACCGUGGUUUGAAUACCAGACCAACGUUCUUUGGAUGCAAUGCAACAGCAGGAAAUGGAGCUGUACCGGAUGUGAUCAAUAUUCAAUCAGGCGCAAAUGCAAGUUUGGCACCGAUUAUUGCUUAUAUUCCCAAUUAUCCUUAUUCAAGUUUGAGCAAUACGUCCACUUAUCAACUUCAAUAUGAUAACUCAAGUGCACAAAUGUUGAUCGAUAAUGCCGUUGACGUUGCCACGAUGGGAGGCUUAACAGAUUCAACUACAGAGAUUUAUUGGCCAACAUGUUUAGCAUGUGCAGCAUUAGAACGUGGAUUUGCAAGAAGUAAUACACCAAGACCUUCGGUUUGUGAGAACUGUUUACAGAAAUACUGCUGGGAUGGAGUGACCAAUGAUACACAGCCGACAAACGUUUACAGUCCAGCGGUUGGAAAACCCGAAUUUAUCACCAGUAUCGGAGCAGUUCUCGUUCAACCUGCUUCAACGGGUGGAAAUGGUAGUAAUUCA